AUGGAGCAAAGUCAGAAUAGGGUCUAUAUCAAGAACUUGGACUACCACACCACCGAGGAAGAUUUGCUGAAUUUGUUCAGCAAAUAUGAAUUGUAUGUCUUUGUCUUUUGGAAAGCCAUCCAAAUGGUUUUUGAUUUUUCAAAUGUUUUUUGCAGCAGAAUCUGGUUACUCACUAACAUUGACUCAAAAAUUUCUUGUUUUGCAGGCUCAACGUCUUGGUCCCCAGCUACACCGUUCGUUUUAGCUACAGACACAAAAGAAAGCCCUUAGGUAUCGCUUAUGCUGACUUCAAGUCCAAGGAGCAAGCCGAUCUCGUGAUUGAAGAGCUCGACGGUGCUUUGGUCAACGGCAGGAAAAUAUCAUUGCAACUCGCAACCCCUUAUGCUCCCGAGGUCAAACAGUUUCCAUUCUUUUGGAGAUCCAAAAGAAGAACCACUACUUCAAAACCGGGCCCUUUGUUUGAAGAUGAAGAAGCCGUUACCAAUGUCGAAGAAGUUGCCAACUCCAGUGCUGAGCCAGUUGUGACAACGGAACAGCCAAAGUCUCUUCUCAUUCAGAAACCGCACGGCUCAGUCACCGAGGACUCUGUGCAACAGUUUUUCAAGGAUUGCAAGCCCAGUAGAAUCCUUAUUCUCAAGCACAAAAAGUCGAGAAUAAACCCGAUACACCUUACAGGUUCAUCGGUGAGUGUUUUAGCCUCGUUUGACUCCUCGGAGACGAAACUCGAUGAUGUGGUUGCAAAAUUGCAAUCUCAAAAAUUGAAUGGGAAAUACGUCGAGCUCCAGCCAGUUAACCAAACUCAAGUCGAGGAGUUGGAAAGGGCAGCCUUCAAGAGAACCACAGUGAAAACUAUUACGGGAUCUACCAUCGAUGCCAGGGGCGUUGUCACCGAAAACGGGUCCAGAAGAAACGCAGCAGAAUAUCCAGACCCCGAGGAUUUGAGAACCGAUGCUACCAACAUCCACGAUCUUUCUGAAAGCUCCAAUUUCGACGAGCCAAUCGUCUCUGCUGACACACCAGUUGCUACAUAA